AAAACAAAUUUCUUUAUCGCGCUGGAAUUAUUGCUCGCUGUCAAGUUUUUCUCUAACAAUAAUAGAGAAUAUUGCAAUAUUUACACCGCAAAAUGUCCAGCACGAAGAUCAUCGAAAAUCCAGAAAUACCAGGACUCGAAUGUUUUCUGCCGCCUCCUCCGCCACCGCCACUUCCAGCCGCAUCGCCGAAAAACAACAAGGUACCGUGCACAAUGGAUCAACGGCAACGACAACAACAAGAACCGAUAACGAUGGAAACGACAACCAGUUCUAUAACCAACGUAACCACGAUUAAUCUAACGACGGUUCAAGCACCGACAUCGUUUCCAAACCUUCCCGUGCCAACACCGUAUAUAAUGCAUCCGGCGAUGCAACCACAAACUCCUGGACAACCAGCUACACCCUGGUGGGUACCUACGGACGCAGACACGUCGGACCUCUAUGCACGAUGGUACGACACGACCUACAAGGCAGCAGCUGCGGCGGUCGCAUCGCCGCCGAUCCAAAUCUCCAACAAACCCAAGAACAAGCAUCACAAACGCAAGAACGAGUUCAUCGAUCCCGCGCAAGAUGCAGAGAAAGUCGCGAGCGCCCAGAGGGAACUGUCAGCGCUAAUGAAACCGCUGAAAUGCGAUCUGUGCAAUGCAGUUAUGAACUCCACGUUGCAAGCGAAGUUACAUUACGACGGAAAGCCGCAUCAAAAGAAAGUGUCCAUGUUUCUGAAUCAGAGCGUGAAGAAACUAAAGACCGAGGAUGGCCAAGUCAGUAGCACGACCAACGAUUGGCAAAACUAUUGCGACAUUUGCAAGACGUGGUUCACGUCGCAAACGGAUGCGACGCAACACUACGCUGGUAAAAAGCAUGUUAGGGCGGCAAACGGCGGACAUCAAUCGAGGCCGUCGAAGAAGUCGUCGCAAAGUCAGAGUCAGUACAAUCAAAUAGAUCCAACCGGACGGUUCAGGAUAGGAGCAGCCUUUCAGGCGGAGGUACCUUCCGCCGCACCAACGCAACCAGUCGCAUCCGAAGGUAGCACCGCGUCGAUACCGGCGCCAGGAACAGGACCCGUUUACACACCGCCACCACAUCCGACGCCGUUGCGUUGCGAUUUGUGUGGAGUAUCGGCUAAUCGGCAGGACCAAUUGGAAACGCACAAACGUGGCGCUAGGCACCUGAGGAUGCUUAAGUUGAACGGGUUACCUGUUCCUGAAUCUGCCAACGAAAAUGAGUGCACCCCUGUCGCGCCUGGACCUAUAGAUUAUUCUAUUUGCCGAACACCAUCGGGUCAAUACUAUUGCGCGCCGUGUAAUCUCUCCUUGAAUUCUGAGAGUACGUUUGCACAGCACGUUGAGAGUAAAAAGCACAAGAAUCAAUCAAACCCAAAGUCACCGUCGAACGCAGCGGUGGUGUCGAAAAAAGCCAAAUGUAAGAAGAAAUAAGUCCACGAGUACGUGGUGCGCGUGCACGAUCCGGCAACUAUACUACUUCGUCGCCUGUCCAUUGUUUUCACCGAAACCUUUCCUCUAAUUUUC